AUGUUGUGUGCAGCAUCAUCCGUAAUAUUCCUUCUGUUGCUGCCAACAACUGGGUUUGCUCAUGUGCGACUGAUCUAUCCGCCAGCGCGAUAUCCUGCACUAGACUACAUCAGCAAUCAGCACUCGACUUCACCGUGCGGUGUCACGAAACCUGCAAAAGGUUGGUGUUUUUCUUUUCGGCUGGUUCAAAACAUCCAUAUAUCCAUAUCCAUAUCCAUUAUCACUAUCAUUUUCCAAAACAUCCAUACAAUUGUCACUAUCAUGACUGUAGUCGCAAUCACUGUCACAGUGGCUAGCGCAAUUGGUAGAUUCGUUAUCACUGCUGACAUUUUCGACAUCCGACUGAGUAUUGUGAUGGGUAUUAAGGGCUCAGUUUAG